AAAAAAAGGAGUUGACUUGUUAAUAUAUGAGCCGAGAAAUGGACCCACAACCACAAGACCGCGACUUUGGGUUUUCACUCCCUCGAGAAUCGAUCGGAUAAAAUGGGGUUCUUAAUUUGUCAAACACGAGGCACGAUUGUGCUUCUGGAGCAGGUAGAGUCAACCCAGUUACGAAAUUUUACCACUCGGGUGAAAAAAGGUUUAAGCUUUUCGGAUAUUCUAAUGGGCGACAAGUCGGCGUCUUUCUUCCACCAUCGCUGUGCAGAAAAAUCAAACCAAGAACCCACACGAUGGGCUUCUUCUGUUUCUCUCGGAUUCUUAUCCACUUGCCCUCUAGGAAAAUUCUCAUGGCUGAUCUAAGAAGCUCCUGAUCUAACUCUAGAGUGAGUUACCUUCUCAAACGCAUCAUGGUGUUUCCUCACAGAGUAUAUCUCCAUGCGCUCCUUGGUGCGUGUUGUUGCGUGGUUCUUCUAGCCGAUUCACAGCGAACAGACCCUUCAGAAGUCACUGCUUUACGAUCGGUUAAGAGAAGUUUAAUUGAUCCUAAAGAUAAUUUGAGAAACUGGAACAGAGGAGACCCUUGCAGAGCAAAUUGGACCGGAGUUAUCUGUUAUGAGAUUGGGACUGACGAAUACCUGCAUGUCCGAGAACUCCUGCUGAUGAAUAUGAAUCUCUCCGGAAGUUUGUCACCAGAACUCCGUAAAUUUGUUCAUCUCGAAAUAUUAGAUUUCAUGUGGAACAAUUUAAGUGGUUCAAUUCCCAAGGAGAUAGGACAGAUAUCAUCCCUGGUACUAUUGCUGCUGAAUGGAAACAAACUUUCAGGGCCUUUACCAAGCGAACUCGGCUAUCUUUCCAACUUGAACAGGUUCCAGAUAGAUGAGAAUAACAUCACAGGACCAAUACCAAAGUCAUUUUCCUACUUGCAAAAAGUGAAACAUCUUCACUUUAACAAUAAUUCGUUGAGCGGCCAGAUCCCAAUGGAGCUUUCCAAUCUUACAAACAUCUUUCACGUGCUGCUAGACAACAACAACUUAUCCGGAAACCUCCCACCACAACUGUCUGCAUUGCCAAACCUGCAAAUCCUGCAACUGGAUAAUAACAACUUCAGUGGAUCAGAUAUCCCAGCUUCCUAUGGAAACUUUUCGAGUAUACUGAAGCUGAGUCUUAGAAACUGUAGUUUGAAAGGAGCUCUUCCGGAUUUUAGCAGGAUACGUCGUCUCAAAUACUUGGAUCUUAGCUGGAAUGAGCUCACAGGGCCUAUACCUUCUACUAAUCUUUCUAAGGAUGUGACAACCAUUAAUUUAUCGAACAACAAACUUAAUGGAUCCAUUCCGCAGAGCUUCUCUGAUCUCCCUAUGCUUCAGAUGCUAUUGCUGAGGAACAAUGUGCUAUCUGGAUCUGUCCCUGAUUCCCUCUGGCGGAAUAUCUCACUACUGAAGAAAGCUAGAGUUCUACUUGAUCUCAGGAAUAAUACUCUGUCACAUGCUCAAGGAGAUCUAACUCCUCCAGAAAAUGUCACUUUAAGGCUUGAUGGUAAUCCGAUAUGCAAGAACGCAAGUAUAUCAAACGCAGGGCUCUUGUGUGAAUCCAUAGGAAAGGAGUGGACAUCACUACCAACCAACUCAACGAAUUCUGCGCUGGACUGCCCUCCUCUAGCCUGUCCCACUCCCGACGCGUACGAAUACAGCCCUGCAUCCCCGUUACGAUGCUUCUGUGCAGCGCCUCUCAGGAUUGGAUACCGUCUGAAAAGUCCAAGUUUCUCAUACUUCCCUCCAUAUGUUGAUCAAUUCGGCGAGUAUGUUACCGAUUUUCUACAAAUGGAACCAUAUCAACUCUGGAUCGACUCGUAUCAAUGGGAGAAAGGGCCUCGUCUGAGGAUGUAUCUGAAGCUUUUUCCCAAAGUUAAUGAAACCCAUACGAGAACAUUUAACACGAGUGAAGUUGUCAGAAUCCGAGGCAUAUUCGCAUCAUGGAGAUUUCCCGGUAGUCACCUGUUCGGCCCAUAUGAGCUGCUCAACUUCACCCUGCAGGGCCCUUAUUCAUAUGUUAACUUCAACAGUGAAAGGAAAGGCGUCGGCUGGGGACGUUUGGCAGCAAUAACUGCCGGGGCUGUGGUGACUGCUGUUGCCAUCUCCGCCAUCGUUGCGGCCUUGUUGCUUAGAAGAUACAGCAAGCACGAGCCCUCCAAGGCUUCCUUGGUGAAUUCCGGGAUACGAGGCUUCAGUUUUAAAGAAGUAGCAGAGGCCACGGACGAUUUUAGCAGCUCGGCUUUGGUUGGACGCGGAGGCUAUGGAAAGGUUUACAGAGGUGUGUUAUCUGACAAAACGGUUGCGGCGAUAAAGCGAGCCGACGAAGGGUCUUUGCAAGGUGAGAAGGAGUUCUUGAAUGAAAUAGAGUUGCUCUCGAGGUUGCAUCAUCGGAAUCUGGUGUCACUAAUCGGUUAUUGUGACGAAGAAGGGGAGCAGAUGCUGGUGUACGAAUUCAUGCCCAAUGGCACCCUGCGCGACUGGUUGUCUGCUAAAGGGAAGGAGACAUUGAGCUUUGGCAUGAGGGUUCGUGUUGCGUUGGGAGCAGCCAGGGGUAUUCUCUACCUUCACACAGAAGCCAACCCGCCAGUGUUCCACCGAGACAUCAAAGCCAGUAACAUCCUCCUCGACCCCAACUUCAAUGCCAAAGUUGCAGACUUUGGACUGUCCCGUCUUGCUCCUGCUUUGGAGGACGAAGAGGAUGUGCCCAAACACGUAUCCACGGUUGUUCGUGGGACUCCGGGGUACCUGGAUCCAGAGUACUUCCUGACACACAAGCUGACGGACAAGAGCGACGUGUACAGCAUCGGAGUUGUGUUCUUGGAGCUGCUGACUGGUAUGCACGCCAUUUCCCAUGGCAAAAACAUCGUGCGAGAGGUGAAGACGGCGGAUGAGAGGGAUAUGAUGGUGUCCCUGAUAGACAAGAGAAUGGAGCCUUGGUCCAUGGAAAGCGCCCGAAAGUUUGCUUCUUUGGCACUGAGGUGUAGCCACGACUCACCGGAUAUGAGGCCGGCCAUGGCUGAGGUGGUGAAAGAGCUGGAGGCACUUCUCCAUGCCAUCCCCGGCAUGGAAGGAAGCGAAACCACGUCUGCCUCGUCGGUGCUCUCUACAUCAUCCUCCAAUGUGACGAGAGACCUUUACGAGUCGGCCAGCCUUUUAGGAAGCGAUCUCAGCAGCGGCGUUGUUCCCAGCAUCGCUCCUCGCUAACUCCAACCAAAACCAUCCUUCUUCCUCUGUACAAACUCCAACCAAAACCAUCCUUCUUCCUCUGUACAAACUCCACUCACUUACUUGUUAACCAAUUUCUUGCUUUCUUCCCACUGUAAUAUAUUGGGCCCUCUUAAAAUCAUAUUGUCUGUAGUAAUGUUUUGAUUCUAUAUAACAACAACAAAAAAAUAGCUUGUCUAAAGGCCCAAUACGGGCCCAAUUUCAAACCUCGCGUCGUUUCAGUUGUCCUCCCAUGGAUCGAUCAUCGCUGGAAUGAAUCGGCGACGAUGGAGUUACAGCAAGAGCAAGCUUGUUGGAAACUUGAACUCGGCGAGGUUUUAGAUAAUGAUUCCUCAUGGGUCACCAAAUUUGAUGCCUCCAAAACGAAGAAGAAGAAGAAGAAGAAGAAGAAGCCUUUAAUACGCGAAGACGGUGCCAUAACAGAGGAUACCGCACCACACUGUCAAUCUGGGAGUCGGUUCCUUCCCGGCCACAACUUUGAGCCAGGUUAUGGCUAUCAAGAGCUCUUGAGUCGGGUGUUUGAUAUGCUUCGUGAGGACGAUCUCGAGGUUUCUGCAGAGAGGCCAAGAACAGAUAUGAUGCCUCCCCGGCUCCUUGAACAGGGGACACAGAUCACAGUUUGUCUAAACUUCGCUCAUCUCUGCAGAACGAUGCAUAGGAAUCCAGGUCAGGUUAUGAAAUUCUUACUUGGCCAAAUGGAGACAAAGGCAUCGCUCAACAAACAGCAGCAGCUAGAGAUGAAGGGUUUAGUCUCUUCUCAGGAUUUCCAAGCUGCGUUCCGGAGAUAUAUUGAUGCGUUCGUAAUCUGCAGCUGCUGCAAAAGUCCUGACACAGCUCUCGCGGAGGACAAUGGUCUUUUCACUCUCAGAUGUGAGAUGUGUGGUUUAGUAGCAUCGAUCAAAGACCCAAAUCCCCUGGUUCUUUGAGCUGGGAAAGGCUCCAUUGUAAGAUUUAUUAUAGUUGUUUCUCCUGGUUUUGAUAGUCCCUUGUACAAUCUUGAACCACAAGAUGUUUUCUUUACAAUUCUGAUUAAACUUUGUGAGUGUAUUCCUAAUACAACUUGUUUCAAAGCUUAAAGUUGCUGAGAAAGCGCUAACCGAUGCAAAUUGGCAACAAUAAGAAAAGUAACGUUUCUUUUAUAUGCACGUAAUGUAAGUAAUGCAAACGCAUGAAUAAGCCCUAUCUCGACUGAGAUGUCAGUCACGCCAAACAGCAUUUGCUUUAUGAUCACAUUGUGAAAUUUCGUGCGCAACCAGAAAUGGAGGACAAGUGUAUUUGCCCCCUUUUAUCCUCGGCAGAAGCUUCGUGGACAUGAUCAUCUUGUUUGUGAAGAGACCUUAAAAGAUGAGUUUGACAUGACAACUAACUCAACUGUGGAGAAGUGGUUGCUCUUCGAAUCUUAGCUUGGCAGUGACACGUUACUUUGGAGUUGUCUCACAUGAUUGAUUCCUAGGAGCGAUGUGCUUCAAGUUUCAUCUCUCUGGUUUUGGAUUUGGAACAAGGGACGUGUCUCUUGCCUUGAGAAGAUGAAACUCUUCUCAUCCAUAAACCCGCGAAAAUGAAGGACCGUCUUGGAUUCAGAUUCGUGCUCUGCUCUGCGGUUUUCAUGAUGCUAACACAACAGAGAGCCCUUGCAGAUGGGGUUAACUCAGAAUCAGUAGACGAAGGAGAAUGGGAGAUGGUGCAGAGGAAAGGGAUGCAAUUCACCCUAAAUGGGCAACCAUUCUACGUGAAUGGCUUCAACACAUACUGGAUGAUGACUCUUGCAGCUGAUAAUUCCACGAGAGGCAAAGUGACGGACGUGUUCCAACAAGCCUCUGCAGUUGGAUUGACGGUAGGCAGGACAUGGGCUUUCAACGACGGCCAGUGGAGAGCUCUCCAGAAAUCUCCUUCUGUUUACGAUGAAGAUGUCUUCGAGGCCCUGGACUUCGUGGUGAGCGAGGCCAGAAAGUACAAGAUCAGACUUAUACUGUCGUUGGUCAACAACUGGAACGACUACGGCGGCAAAGCUCAGUACGUUAAAUGGGGAAACGCGGCCGGCCUUAAUCUCACCUCUGAUGACGACUUCUUCACCAACCCCACCCUAAGAGACUUUUACAAAUCCCAUGUCCGGACGGUGCUGAAUAGAGUGAACACCUUCACAAACAUCACUUACAAGAAGGACCCCACAAUCUUCGCCUGGGAGCUCAUGAAUGAGCCACGGUGCCCCUCUGAUCCCUCAGGCGACAAACUCCAGUCUUGGAUACAAGAAAUGGCGGUGUUCGUGAAGAGCUUAGACGCUAAACAUUUGGUGGAGGUCGGACUUGAAGGCUUCUACGGUGCCUCUGCCCCAGCGCGAACCAAAUUCAAUCCCAACCCCUACGCUGCACAAGUCGGAACCGACUUCAUCAGAAACAAUCAGGUUCUUGGCGUGGAUUUUGCAACGGUUCACGUGUAUCCAGAUUCCUGGAUAUCUCGGGAGGUAUCAGAAUCAUUCCUGGAAUUCACGAGCUCGUGGAUGCAGGCUCAUGUGGAGGACGCAGAGAUGUCCUUGGGAAUGCCGGUUCUGUUCACAGAGUUUGGUGUGUCGGCGCGUGACCCUGGUUUCAACACGUCUUUCCGUGACAUGAUGUUGGAGACGGUGUACAAGAUGACACUAAACUCAACAAGGAAAGGAGGGGCUGGUGCGGGGAGUCUGGUGUGGCAGGUCUCCCCUCAGGGAGCAGAGUUCAUGGACGACGGCUACGCGGUUUACCUCACAAGAGCUCACACCGCUUCAAAAAUCAUCUCUCUGCAGUCCAAGCGACUCGCCAUGUUCAACUCUUUGUGUGGCUGGAGAUGCAAGUGGGGGUGCAAGAAAAAGAAUCCCACUGCUCUCGAUGCCCUCCUCGAGCUUUGAGUAACAAUUGAAUCACACAAAUGUUAUCGGUUGUUUGUUUAAUUUUUAUAUAUAUAUAUGUAUGUGUGUAAAUUGAGAUGAGUGAACUCUUGUUACCCGCAAAAAACACUUGGGCUGCUUUGAUAUACAUGCAAUAGGAUGAAACUGAGCAAGCUA